AUGAAUGAGGAAAACGGAAGCGUCUGUCUGAACAGGUCCCUGACGGAGAUGGACCUCUUCAGCAACCUGGAGGACAUCGACGUGACGGCUGACGGGAGCCCGGUUCUGAGAUUCCUCAUCUGCCUCGUCUAUUCGGCAGUGUGCGCUGCGGGUCUGGUGGGCAACCUGCUGGUCCUCUUCUUCAUCAGGGUCAAGAAAGAGAGGAAGAAGUCCAGAGUGAACUUCUUCGUGCUCAACUUGGCAGUGACGGACCUGCAGUUUGUUCUCACCCUGCCCUUCUGGGCCGUGGACACCGCGCUGGACUUCAGCUGGCCGUUUGGAGACGCCAUGUGCAAGGUCGUCCUCUCCAUCACCGUGAUGAACAUGUACGCCAGCGUCUUUUUUCUCACCGCCAUGAGCGUGACCCGCUACUGGUCGGUCGCCUCAGCUCUGAAGAACGGAGCCGUGCAUAGGUCCUGUCCCGCCAAAUGGAUCUGCGCGACUAUUUGGACACUGGCGACUCUGGCGACUGCGCCGACGUCGAUUUUCUCAACUGUCAGCAACGUAACCGGGGAAAAACUGUGUUUGCUACGGUUCCCGGGUGGACAGUACUGGUUAGCAGUUUAUCACAUACAGAAAAUACUCGUGGGCUUCGUAUUGCCGAUGUGCACCGUGUCCAUCAGCUACAUCAUGCUGCUGCGUUUCAUCCGCAGUCGGAGUAUGAAAACAAGCAACCCCAAACGGAGAUCCCAAGUCACAAAAUCGAUCAGCAUCGUCGUGCUGUCCUUCUUCCUGUGCUGGAUGCCAAACCACGCCAUCACCUUGUGGAGCGUGCUGGUCAAGCUGAACGCCGCAAACUGGGACAGAGCGUAUUACAUCGUCCACACGUAUGUGUUCCCACUGACCGUCUGCCUGGCGCACACCAACAGCUGCCUGAAUCCGAUUAUUUACUGCCUCAUGAGGAAGGAGUUCCGGAACAAACUGAGAGGUCUGAUACACAGAGGAUAG